AUGCCACCCCCUGUUGGUAGAUAUGGUGGGCCCUCGGGUCUCACUACUCCUUACACGCUCCAACAAUCCCACCUUCAAUCUCAACAUUCCCACGCUCAGUCUAACACCGCACUUCCUCCUCCUUCCCUUGGAGGCCACCCAGGUUUUGCGGGCAACCCUAAUACAAACAUAAACCCAUUUACACUUUCUAGCGCGGGUGUUUCCAAUGGUAUGUCUGUCGCCGGGUUCUCGGGAACCACCAGUGACGCCGGUGGGACUGGUCUUGCAAGUCAUGCGGCGCAGAUGGGUUUCGCUCGCGGGGCUCAGAUGCAGCAGCAACAAUUACACCAAGGACACGAUGGGCGUUUAUCACUUGACGCCAAAGGAGGAUUCGCCAAGAGCCGGAUACGCGAUGUGUGGAAGCAAAAUUUGAAUCAAGAAAUGGCGACUUUGAGAUCGCUUGUUGACAAAUAUCCAUACAUUAGCAUGGACACCGAAUUCCCCGGUAUCGUCGCGCGACCCAUCGGCUCCUUUGCAAACAAAGCCGACUACCAUUACCAGACACUCCGAUGCAACGUCGACCUUUUGAAGAUGAUUCAGCUCGGAAUUACGCUAUUUAAUGAGGAUGGAGAAGUGCCCCCCGCCAUUUCUACGGAUGCGAAUGGCCAGACUUAUGGAAGUGCCAUGUCCCCGGCCCCGUGCACUUGGCAAUUCAACUUCCGUUUUUCGUUGGAAGGAGAUAUGUACGCCCAGGACUCGACCACCAUGCUCGCCAAGUCCGGUAUCGAUUUCAAUAUGCAUGAAAAGAGUGGCAUCGACCCUUUCGAGUUUGGCUCUCUGCUAAUCAGUUCUGGCUUGGUGUUGUUAGAUGAUGUUCACUGGGUCUCCUUUCAUUCAGGUUACGAUUUUGGCUACCUUAUGAAACUCAUGCUCUGCAAACCAUUGUCAGAGAACGAGGAGGAUUUCCACAAGCUGCUGAACAUCUUUUUCCCGUCCCUCUACGACAUUAAAUAUCUGAUGAAGCAUGCUGGCCGCAACCAAGCUGUCAAUGACACCCCCCUUACGCCAGCUGCCGCUCAGAUUCUCGCCAGCCUCGGUCAAAAGUCUGGUCUCCAGGACAUUGCUGAUGAGCUUGGCGUCAAGCGUGUCGGAAUUGCCCAUCAGGCUGGUUCAGAUUCUCUUGUGACAGGAGAGAUUUACUGGAAGAUGCGACAGCUGGUGUUCAAUGGAGUUAUUGAUGAGAGUAAAUACUCUGGUCAGAUCUGGGGCUUGAACGGGCAGAUGCCAGCCAUGUCGUACCAAAUGGCACAACAGACCCCAAACUUAAACGGAGCAACAAUUUACUCCGCUGCUGGCACCCCAAGCACCCCUAUUAACGGUCACACUCGGACAGCCACGCACACCCCAAACCAUGGCUCUGGCUAUCCCACACCCAGUGGAUUCCCAGCAGGCAAGGUUUAA